GAAGAAAGAAAAAGGGAAUAAAGGAGGAGAGAAGAAGGAGGAAAAAGCCAGGAGAAAAGCCCAAUUUUCCCUCCUCAGGCUGAGCUUUGGGAUGCAGCUGCUCCUGGACAGACCCAGAGCAUUCCCAGGAGCCUGAUCGGAACCCGAGCAGCACCAGAGGGUCCCAUGGAGCAGGAGGGGACCCCCGAGCCCCCCGAGGAGCCUGCGGGUGGGGACGGAAUUCCCAACGUUGGGCACGGAAUUCCCAGUGUAGGGGAUGGAAAUUCCAACGUUGGCGAUGCAAUUCCCGGCGUUGGUCGCGGAAUUUCCGGUGUGGCGGAUGGAAUUCCCAGUGUUGGGGACAGAAUUCCCAGUGUAGGGGACAGAAUUCCCAAUGUUGGGGAUGAAGUUCCCAGUGUUGGGGAUGGAAUUCCCAAUGUAGGGGAUGAAGUUCCCAAUGUUGGGGAUGGAAUUCCCAAUGUUGGGGAUGAAGUUCCCAAUGUUGGGGAUGGAAUUCCCAGUGUAGGGGACGCAAUUCCCAAUGUUGGGGACGCAAUUCCCAAUGUUGGGGCCGGUGACGGAAUUCCCGAUGUCGCGGACGCAAUUCCCAGCGUUGAGGAUGAAAUUCCCGGUGCUGGUGACAAAAUUCCCAGUGUUGAGGACACAAUUCCCGGUGUAGGUGACACAAUUCCCAAUGUUGGUGACACAAUUCCCAGUGUAGGUGACACAAUUCCCAGUGUUGGUGACACGAUUCCCAAUUUUAGGGACGGAAUUCCCGGUUUAGGUGACACACUUCCCAAUGUUGGGGACACAAUUCCCAAUUUUAGGGACGGAAUUCCCGGCGCAGGGCAUGGAAUCCCUGAUGUCGGUGACACAAUUCCCGGUGCUGGUGACAGAAUUCCCGGUGCGGGGAAUUCCCAGGAAGGUUCUGGGGCUCCAUCCGGGCAGCAGGAGGGGGGCUCCAGCCCCCAGGGACCCCCGGGGGGCUCCCCCAAGCAGCCGCAGCCCCCGCAGGACAGGGGGUCCCCCAAGGAAGGGGGGUCCCCCAAGGAGCAGCCCCCACAGGAGGGGUCCCUGAAGGAGGGGGGGCCCCCCCAGGACAGGGGGUCCCCGCCGGCCGAGCCCCCCCGGGCGCAGCCCCCCGGGGAUUUUUACUUUGUCAAGUGGAUCCUGUGGAAGGGGCAGCGCACGGCCCUGGUGACCCAGGGCGAGAACGGGCCCUGCCCGCUGCUGGCCAUCAUCAACAUCCUCCUGCUGCAGUGGAAGGUGAAGCUGCCCCCGCAGACAGAGGUGGUCACGGCCGAGGAGCUGAUGGCACAUUUGGGGAAUUGCAUCCUGGCCACCCAACCCCGGGACACCUCGGAGGGGCUGCAGCUGAACUUCCAGCAGAACAUCAAUGACACCAUGACAGUCCUGCCCAAGCUCUCCACGGGGCUGGACGUCAACGUGAGGUUCACGGGGGUCUCAGAUUUUGAGUACACCCCCGAGUGCAUCGUCUUCGACCUCCUCAACAUCCCACUGUACCACGGCUGGCUGGUGGACCCCCAGAGCCCCGAGCAGGUGCAGGCCGUGGGCAAGCUCAGCUACAACCAGCUGGUGGAGAAGAUCAUCACCUGCAAACACGCCAGCGACUCGCGCCUGGUGAGCGAAGGGCUGGUGGCAGAGCAGUUCCUGGAGUCCACGGCGUCCCAGCUGACCUUCCACGGGCUGUGCGAGCUCAUGGCCCGCGCCCGCGAGGGAGAGCUCGGCGUCUUCUUCCGCAACAACCACUUCAGCACCAUGACCAAGCACAAGGGCCACCUCUACCUGCUGGUGACGGACCAGGGCUUCCUGCAGGAGGAGGGCGUGGUGUGGGAGAGCCUGCACAGCGUGGAUGGGGACAGCUGCUUCUGUGACAGCGAGUUCCACCUCAGCCACCCCCUGGGCAAGGACAGGGCCAGCACGGCCCCCCCGGACCCCCGGCUGCAGCAGAGACAAGUGGACCAGGAUUUCAUGGUGGCCCUGUCCCUGCAGCAAGGACAGGACGCCUCCUCGGUGCUCAGCGACCUGGAGCUGGCGCGGCAGCUGCAGCAGGAGGAGUACCAGCAGCACCAUCCUCAUCGUCAUCCUCAUCACCCUGCUCCUGCUCAGCUGCUCCCAGCGCAGGCGGAGCGGCGCCCGCGGCAGAGGCCGGAUUCGGACUGCACCCUCCUCUAGCACCUCGUGCCUGGGCGUCCCCACGCCUGCAGCCCCCCAAAACCCCGCUCUGCGUCCUCCUGGGACAUCCUGGGGGUCCCUGGGGGCUGGAGAUGAGGGGUGACCGUCUGAGCACACCCCAGGAGCACCCCAAACUUCCCAGUGGCCUUAACACAGGGGGGGUCCCACACCUCCAUCCACACUCUGAGACAGGGGUGGGUGUGGAUGUGGGGAUGGGGGGGACACCUGCACCCCCCCUGUUCAAAAUGUGGCCUUAGCCCUUGGCAAGUAAAGGACUUGUCC